UUGAAAUAAAAAAAUAAAAAGUUAUUAAAUAUUGAAUUAGAAAAAUUUAAACGAUGGGUAAUUUUUUGUCGUCUAAUAAUUUAACAAAUAAUAUAGAAAAUCACUAUCGAGAAUGUGAAAAUCCAGAUUGCUAUAAAGAAAUUUCUAAUGAGGUUAACGCCGCAGUAUUUCAACUGACAGAAAUUAAUAGUCAAAAUAAUUAUCUUCUAAAACUUGCAGAUGAUCUUGAAGAUAUGUUAAAUAAUGCUAAGCACUUGUCUUUGAAUAAUCUCGAAAAUCCCAUCAAGCAAGCUGCAUUGUCACUAAAAAAUCUUGAAUUAUCAUCAUCAUCAUCAUCAUCACCUUCAAACUAUACUGAUGGACAUAUCGAGCCACCUUGCAUUUGUCAGGAAUGGGGUCCAGAUAUUCUUUUAGAUGGCAAAUGGACUUGCAAAAAAUGUAAAAAUAACUGUCAAUGUGAUGAACAAGAUUGGAUGAAUAUUUAUUCAGCAAAUAUUAAUGAAAAUAAAAAAAGUACUAACAUUGAUAGAAACAAAGUAAGAUCUUCUGUUAGUAAUUGUACAUCAAAUAUUUCUAUUCGUAACUGUGAUUCAUCGUUGAAAGAGAGGGGAAGCUUUGAUGUUCCUCUUGAUGAUACAUUAUAUCGUGAGAUUAUUAGAAAAGACAAAUCAUUCAAUAACAAAAAUGAAAAAGUUCGUGGCGAGCAAUCAUUCCAUAAUUCUUUAGCUGAAAAACCUUCAACCAUGAGAAAAAAUUUAUCUAAAAGUGCUGAAGUAAUUGAGAACGUUGGCGAGAGAAAAAAAGGUAUUCAUUGUCCAUGUGGUUGUGGAUUAUAUCAAGAGGGAGAUUUUAUAAUGUGUUCUUGUGGAUGUAAUAGCUUUAUUGAAAUUGUGGAUGACAUUGACAAUGUCAUAAUCAACGGAGAGUGCUGUUGCGGAGGUGUUGAUGCAGAAAGUUGCAGAAUCAAUGAUGAUUCAUCAGAUUAGCAGCAAAAAAAAAAUCAAUCAUUUUUUUUUUUCGAUUCCAUGUAAUUUUUAUUUAAAAAGAAAAUUAUGUUUGAUAGUUGAACUUCAUUGAAAGUCGAGAAUGCAACAACUGCUCUUUAUGCUCGUGAGCUCAGGAAUUCGGAUAAUGUUGAUCACAUAAUUGAUGAGCAUGUUGCUGCACCUUCUUUUUUUACCAUAUACCUCUAUACAGACUUUGAUCUUUCUAUGGUCCAUCAAUACAUAGCACAAAAUUAAAAACCAGUUAUUUAGCUAAUGUUAUUAUAUAGCUUUUAUUGUUUUUGUUUAUUGAAGUUUAUUAAUUUAACAAAAAAUCUUGGAAAAUAUAAACAAAGAUGCAAUAGCCUUGUAAUGAUGCUGAAUAAUUUUUGAGUUAAUCAAGUAAUAUUGAAUUUGCUUACACUUAUUGGGUUUUUGA